ACCAAGAGUGCCCACCCCUGCACUAGCACCAUGUUUGACUGCUGAUGUGAUCUUUUUCUAAAAUAUUUGGUUCAGGAUUCAGACCUUAUAAAAAGUCUCACUUAUGAGUAUUUUCCCAACUGACUUGGGAACUGUGUGUGUAUGUAUAUUCAGAGGUUUCUCCAAGUGACGUUGUUCCUGUUCGGCCAAGUCAGCUAUAUUUUUACCGGAAUUUUUAAAGGAAAGGGGGCGUGCCGUGUCGUAUGUUGCUGUGACACCACGCUGGUGGAUGAUGUAGGCAGCUUUUCCAGGAAAAUAAACACAGUUGCUCCAAGAUGGCUCCUCAGUCCGCUUUCCGAGUGGCGCUCCUGGUGUCCUUCUCUGUUCUCCUCACCGUGGUGCUGGGCUUCGGGCUCCCCGCUCUCCUCAACGCCAUCAUGAGGUUGCUGGGACUGCCGGAAACGAGCGUGACCGAGUGCAUCGUCGUGAUCUAUGCGGCUUUUGUGCUGUAUGUCGCGACCCCUCGAUUCCCCAGGGGAUCGGUUGAGGUUCAAGGAAAAGCCGUGCUUAUUACAGGUUGUGAUACUGGGUUCGGUCUUUCACUUGCGAAACAUCUGCACACGCUCGGUUACACAGUCUUUGCUGGGUGUCUACUAAAGGACAAAGAUGGAGAGGGUGCCAAGGAGCUUGAGGAAUUUCAUUCAGAUCGCAUGAAGGUGGUGCAGCUUGACGUCUGCAGUGAUGACCAGGUGAAAAAGGCAGUUGAAUACAUCAACGGCAAUCUGGAAGACUCACAAAGAGGUCUGUGGGCUGUGGUGAACAACGCUGGGGUGUCGACCUUCGGAGAGGUGGAGUUCACCUCCAUGGACACCUACAGGCAGGUGUCGGAGGUCAACCUAUGGGGCACCAUUAGGGUCACCAAAGCUGUACUGCCAUUAAUCCGCAGGGCGAAAGGCCGCGUUGUGAACAUCGCCAGCAUGUACGGCAGAAUGGGCAAUCGGCUGCGAUCUCCUUACUGCGUGUCCAAAUACGGCGUGGAGGCCUUCUCCGACUGUCUGCGCUACGAGAUGAAGACCUGGGGAGUGAAAGUGUCCGUCAUCGAGCCGGGGAACUACAUCGUGGCCACCGGCAUCCUCACCCGAGACAUCGUGGCCACCACAGCCAACAAGCUGUGGAACGAGGCCCCUGCCGAGGUGAAGGAGGACUACGGGAAAAGCCACUUUGAACAGUACAUGGCACUGAUGCGCUCUUACUGCAACAGCGGCGAGAAGGACAUGACUCCAGUUCUGGAUGACAUCACAGACGCCAUUGGGUCAAAGCGUCCGUACACGCGGUACAACCCCAUGGAGCCGCACUGGUGGAUCAGGAUGCAGGUGAUGACCCACCUGCCUGGCGCGCUAUCUGACUUGCUCUACUUCUAAAACUGAAGUUUUCGCUUCCUCUCUAUCUCCUAUUUCACAAUAGAUCAGUCAGAGUUCACCCAACGUAGGGUUUCUGAUUCCUCAGCACUUGAAAUCAUUCACUGAAUAAGCCUUAAUACUUUUUAAUGUUUUAAACUGUAAGUAAAUAGCUGCAGUUUACUUUUUAAUAUUUCUGCCUUAGACUAUAUAUUCAGAUCUAUUCUCUGAGUCUCCAUUCUUUUUUUUUUUUUUCUCAUCAGUUGCAGCAUUCUUACAGCUACCAACAAUGCACUUUUAUUGCUUUCUGUGACAUUAUCUAAAACAACUUUGAGCUUGUUCCUUUUUAUUGUUUAUUUACCGUGAUACUUUGCAAUGUUUUCCCUCAUGCAAAUUGUUAGGGAGGUUGAGGGGGGCGAGGGGAGCUAUGGCAUGAAGACAAAACGAGCUUGAAAGGGCUCCUGCUGUUCUGUUGUCGGAACAGACCGGGGCCGGACUUUGAGGGCCGCUGUGAUGUUUGCCCCAGAGUUAUGUAACAGCCACACAAACUCACUUCGUCCCACAUGCACCAUGAAAACCAGCAUAUUACUUCACACUGAAGGGAUUAAUGAGAGCACUUGGAAGAAGAGGAAAUGUUGUCGGACUACCCCAACAUCUGUCUUUGUAAGUGAAAUGUUAUGUAAUAUAUUGAAUUAUGCAAAUGAACAGAGUGAUUUAUUUUAAAAUACUGCAGUCAGUGUCAUUUUUCAAAACUUGACAAAAUAAACCAAAAGUCAUGAAUGAGUUCUGAAUCAUUGUAGAUGUAGUUUUACCAAUGACCGCCAGGUGGCACACACGCAUCAUAGAUCUAACUGCUGGAAUUAUAGACACUUCUCCAUGAAUUAGAACAUAAUUCAGGAUUCAUUACACGCAGAGAUAUAAACAGUUUUUUAUGAAGUUGUAUGACUAUUCCUUAGAGCUAUUAAAACACUAAAACUAAAGUAUUACAUGUGGUCAACUACAAAAACAACAUUUACCUCAAAUGCUAUGAAUAAUUUGGAAAUCUCACUAAGUUGCUGAAGAUAGAUAAAUAUGUAUCUAAGCAUUUUAAAGGAAAGUUGAGUGUAAGAAAAAACUCCAGAAGUUUUCGACAGGCAACAGGAAUAACCACAGUAUUGACAGGAAUGUUAAGCAAAUCCCAUCCGAAGGACUGCUUCUCCAUGGUCCAAACCUUUCCCUGUAGGCUGACAUGUUUGUGUUAAAAAAUUAGUUAUUGGUCUAAAUCUGACAAGCAGAAAUUUGGAUUUAAAUUGCCUGCGAGAGAGUAUCAGGAAUAAAUAACUGAAAUGUGUGGUGAAUCUGCAUUGAGCUGAAUAACAGAAAAGGGAUAACAAAUUUUAUGAUCUAAUAUAUUCAAAGCACCUGUGCUACAUAAAAAUAUAACGAGCAUUAAAAGUCAAACAGAAAACCUUUUUUUUUGUGCUUUUUAUUACAUCUUUAACACUCUAAACCUUCUAAAUUAUUACACCUGAAGACAGUCUCCCCUCCAUAAAAACAGUAUUAAGAGCAUAACAUUACAUUUUUUUUUCACAGCACUGCCUUUUUUUAAUCAUUCCACAGCAUGAAUCUGUUUCUUCACUCUCGCUUACAGAAAUAAUAAAAAAAAAUAAAAAAUAAAAAAAAAGCUUUGUGAGACAAAUAUCACCACAGAAAUGUAAGCAGCACGAAAGCACCAAAAUCAAACACGGGCCACUUGUAUUUAAUAUUAUCAAGACAUCUGUGAGAAAAUUUAACAAUAUCUCAGGUGAAUUUAGCGAGUUCAGAGCACACGAUAGUUUAUUCCCCAUCAGGAUGAAUAGUUUGACGAGCAGUCUUGAUAAUAUCUGUCACAACUGACUUUUAAUGUCUUUUUAAAGCAGAUUUUUUUUUGUACAGUUACAAGGCUCUGCUCAUGCAGCCUCCUCUUUAUUGUAAAGUGAAAAAAGAUCCCAGUAACAAUAUCUAAGCAGGGAGAUACGGUAGUUCUCUUUUAAUAUCAAGCUAAAUAUUUAAAUAUUGAGUUCGUUCAUAUUUAUGUGGCUAAUCUGCAAACAAACAAACAAAACAAAAAAAGUGAAAUCUUACACUAGUUGUAGAUAAAGAUGUAAAAAUGACAUCUUAAACUUGACGUUUCGAAACACAAGUUACUUGAGGUGCUCAUACAGAUUUAGGUCAUGAUUACAUCACACCUGGAGUUGUGUUUAUCACUCAACAUCCGCACGCGUUUAUCAUUUACAUGUAGGCAUUCACUGUUCAUCUAAUACUUGAUGAAGUCAGCUAUGGUAAGGUCACUUGAAAUGGAACACACCAACUAAAAAGGGCGUAUUAUGCAUGACCAAGAAAAGAGAGGGGAGUAAGUCCAUGACAUUUGGUGAGCGCUAAAGGAGGAAAUGCUCUUUCCUAUGAGGAUGUGUCCGGCCAUCCCGACGCAUCUGCUAAUCGCUCCGCUGAUGCACAUGCAAAGCUUUAAGCAGAUAGCAGUGAUAAGAGAAGAAGGAAGUACGGGAGAGAAAAGGGGGAACAAAAAAAAUAAAAAAAUAAAUCGGGGAGCUAAAGCUUUGGUUGCCGUAAAGCUGUGAAGGCACGUUAAAUUCUCCCAAAUCCUUUAAAGUGGGGCAGAAUGUGUUGGCGGAUUCACUUUAAUGCUUUGUGGCAUCACAGAUGCUGCAGAAACUGGGGGCCAGGGAAGAAGUACUGACAACAAGCAGGCGAAUGAAUCCAACAAAUGAAUCCAGCAGAUAGGUGCAGAUUGGGUAUUUUCAAAACCCUGGAAUUGAGGGGGGGUAAUUCUUAAACUUCAAAACAAGUGUGAUUACUGAAAUUCACAUAUCUGCAAAAGGGAACGCUAAUUAAUUGCUAAGUUUCAUUAUAAUUCAACAGUUAUCUCCAAAAGCUUAGUAAUCUUGUUUUAUGUGUGCUCCAUAUUAAGACACCUGUUCAAGAAACUGUAAAAUUAGCACUUUCAACACAAAAAUCUGAAUGAAUGGUUAACUAUUCAUAAAACAUUUUCAGCUUUAAAAACUUUUAUCUGAAACAAAAUGGGGUGGUAGACAAAAUCAGGCUUUUCUUCAAGUUGAUGAAAUCUAACCAGUGGCCGGGACUCAAACAGAUGAACUUGUGAACGCACUGCACCCAAGUACCUCCAGUUCACACUGACAACAGUCCUCAAUGUGGAAGGAACUACUGAGCGAAGAAGACAAAGUAAGCCAUUUUCAGUAACAGAGAUCUGAGAAGUUGUUUUAAAGUAAACAAUUGUAUUUGAUGACAUGUGAGUGGCUUAUUUGGGCUGCGAGAGAAAGCAAGACUUUCAGCAGACAACAGGAAGGUUAAACAGUGUAGCAAAUUUGCUGUUUUGUUAUUCUAAGCUUUUUAAAUCAGUUUUGAAAAUGCUGGAUGAUGAAAUGUUUAACUUUUAUAUGAGUUAAGGUACAGAGUUACAUUCUCCAGAAAAUACACACGAAAACCAGUAUUUUAUCAAAGCUAGCUCUGCUAAAAGCCAACAUAAAAUGCUGGACUUCAAAGUGUACUUUAAUCCUUUUGUGUUUGUUUUAAAAACUAAGACUCUCACACACAGUGUGACAUCACCACUACUCAUCAAAUAAUGACGUAAUUGUUGUUUAAAUCUUCCUGUAACAAGGUUCUCAAAGAAAACAACUGGAAAAAUAAGAUAUUGAUAGGUACAAGGGUGAUCAUUCAGAUUGGUCCAUCUCUACUUCAGCCAGUCACCUCAGAUGCUUUCAUCAAAAACCGUACGCCCAAUGCAGCAUCAGCUGUUUAGCAGAUGAUCGACUGGGCGUGGUUGUUACAGUGGAACAUGCUCUCCAAUUCCUUAGUCCAUUUUUCCUUCCCUCAUCCUCUUUUCUUUUUGUGCCCGGGUCCAACCAGCUGCAGCUGGAGAACUCAUCAUUGCAAGCUUUGUGAUGAUGAUGAUGAUGACAAUCAUCAUCAUCCCCCUGCUGGAGCUGCUCCCUGCCAGCACUCCUUCUGCUACAGCUUUGAUUGCUGCCCUUCCACAUUCAGACUCUACCUAGUCCCCUUUCAUUGAAAAAAAAAAAAAAAAAAAAAAACGCUCACUCCAAACCUUCGCUGCACACAGAAACUUGGAUCUUUUCUGCCUCCGCAAGGAAUAGGUAGUUUUUUCGUAUAUCAUCCAUGCUUUGCAAGUAUGCACACUUGAUCUCCCGGUGACCCUCUAUUCCCUUUAGUAAUCACUAAUUUAGGAGCGGUGAGAUCACCCUGUUGGCUGCCUGAGCCAGUCCUCCACUUCCCCUCUCUGUUCCAGAGAACUAGAUUUAUACAUUUUCUUUUCCUGAUGACAAAAAACAAAAAAAAACAAAAAAAAGAAAAGGACUCCAUGACUCCAACAGUGAGCUUUAGACACAAAGAUACUCCCAAAACCUAGAGGUGCACUGACCAAUCGACCGGAGAUCAGAAUAGACCAAUUUGGUCAGCUUUCAUCUGUGAAAAAUAUGAUUUCUCCUCCUCCUAUCAUUAAGCACACUUAAGCUUUAAACUUUCUACAUAAACCCAUCAAAAAGCAGCAUGUCAUUAAAAAAAAAAAAAAAAAAGACAGAUAAGUGAAGUUUGCAGAGACGAACCAAUCAACCAGCUGGAGAUCAAAAUCUGCCAGUUUAGUUUUUUUUUUUUUUGCUUAAUCAGCAGAUCCAGGAUAAAAAGAAAACUAAUAGUUCCCACCAUUUUAAUUCUACAAAUUGCAGUAAAAUGCAUUUUUAUGCCAUUUUCCAAUUUAGAAAAGGGGGAAUUAGAUAACAGCUGGGGGCAUGGACUUUGGUCCAUUAAUGUGGAUAAUCUUGUAAUUCCUUCAUAAGCUGUGGGAUUCCAAACCUGCAACACAUUUGUUCUCAUGUUUUAUAAUCCUUUUGGGGGAGAACUGAGAGAGCAAUCAGUCAAAACCAGAAAUGACAGAUCAGUUCUCAGAACCCCAAAAGUUUGUUUUAGGCAGAAAAAGUUGAUUUCUACCAGCUGUGAAUGCAUUCUUAAUGGAAAAUAAAAGGGAGUUUGGUUUGACACUAUUCUACUUAUUUGCAUCAUGAGAUUCGCCGUGUAAUUUGCCUGCUCUUUGUAAUAUUCACAUGAUGUGGAUACAGCAAAAUGUGGCACAAGCAGUUGUAUUGUACAAAACAACAACAAAAAAAAGCCUACUUUGCACAAGAAAUGGAGGGAAACAACAAAAAAAAAAAAAAAAGCAGAUGCAUUGUAACAUUUCAAUCUGAACAACACGGAUCCUAACAAAUCUAAAUAAAUAUAGUUUGGUCACUUGAUUUUUAUCAACGAUUAGCCGAGGUUGUGGAUUAAUGUGUCCACAACCACAAAGAAAGAAACAAAAAAAAAAGCUUUAAGACAAACAUUAAAGUGAGUCAACGUGUAAGACCUGUAGGCAUGGCUCUGAGUAAGUUGUCAUCUAAAAAUAUCUCAGUCAUGUGUAGUUAAAAAAAUAAAAUAAAAUAAAAAUCACAUCUUUAAAGGAAAUUGUAAAAAAAAAAAAAAAAAAAAAAAGAUUAUAUAUUAU